AUGAAGUUCGCACUCCUUCUCGCAUUGACCGUGGCUGUCGCUGCCUUGGCUCAAGACCAAAUUGUCCCACCCAAAGUCGCUUGGGUCGAUGAGGUCCCUGGAGACGGUUUUGAAAUCCUCGGGGGCCAGGAAGCCCAAUUCGGCAAGCAUCGUUAUGUGGCUGGACUCAAGCUGUCACCCACUAAUGCGACCUGGUGUGGCGGCAGUCUUAUCGCCCCCAAUGUCGUUUUGACAGCGGCGCAUUGUUUGACUGGUAUUAUACGUUCUGUGGUCGUGGGCACGCACUAUAUAUUCGGUUUUGCCGACGGGGAACUGGCCAAUGUCACCCAGGAAAUCAAACACCCCGAUGGCGCCGACGUGGGCAUCGUAAUCUUGGACCGCAACAUCACGACCAUCCAACCUGUGAAGGUGUCGUUUGAAUUCGUUCCGGCGGACGUGCUCACUUGGGUGCGCGGCUGGGGAGCCGUCACGAGUCGUGGCCCCAAAUCGCGAGUACUCAAGGAGCUCAACGUCACGACCUGGAAUAACACCAGGACCUCGGCUGCGUUGCACGCCUGGCGAUUGACCGAUACGACGUUGGGUGCUGGAGGGGUGGAAGGAGAAGAUGCCUGUAUCGGCGACUCGGGGGGGCCGUUGACCAUCGAAGAAAACGGUACCGCGCGCUUGGUGGGGGUGGUCAGCUGGGGCGAUGGCUGUGGUAAGCUCGGCAUCCCAGGUCUCUAUGAACGCGCCAGCGCUGCUCGUGCCUUCAUUGAACCAUACUUGCCGAAGUAA